ACUUGUCAUACCUCGAAAAAAACAUGGCUGCCAACCAGAGCUCAGAGUGGAGGACCCUGUGCGAGAAAUUUCGCCUGGCCCAGGAGCUCUCCGAAGUAGAGUCGAGAAAAGACCCUGAGAACAACCCUUUCCGAUCGAAAUACAAAGCUAGAGAUCUGCUGAAGGAAAUCCACUGUUCACUGAAAAAAAUUCUAAUCGUGGAGGAGGAGGGCGAGGCUGACAAUGAAGCAGACUGUAAGUGCAGGCAGAUGGUGGAUGAAGAACCGGAGAAUGGUGAAUGUGGGAAAUCGUGUUCCGGAGACUCUCCCGCCGGGCUGCGAGCGGCCAGGCUCGCGGUGGUGCAGUACUAUCUCGGCGUGAACCACAUAGAGACCGAGGAGCUGUCAGCUGGAGAGCAGCACCUGAUGAACUGCAUGAAACUCAUCGACAAGUGCACAACAACACGGGAGAACGUCUCGUUAUUCAUACAGGCCCGGAAUCAGCUCGGCAUUUUGUGGGCGGGAAGAGAUGAGAUCGAAAAAGCACAAGGAUUUCUGGAAAUCGCCGAAUCUAUGUAUUUGCUCUACAUGAGAGAGGAUGGACAACCACCACUGGAUCUUCAAGACUUUUUCGUGCUAGAGGGAGAAGAAUUAUCCCAACAAGAGAAAAUAAGAAGGUUUGAAAUGGCAUAUACGCACACACUGUAUUAUCUGGCUCAAGUGUACAAGAAUCUGCAGCAGUAUGAGAGAGCUGGACAGUACUGUCACAGUACACUACAGAGACAGCUGGAGUACAAGCAGUUUGUGCCGCUCGAGUGGGCUAUUAAUGCAGCCACACUGUCACAGUACUACAUCACCAAGACACGGUACAUGGAGGCUCGUCACUGUUUGGCUGCGGCUAGUGUAAUUGCUACUCUUGCAGGAGAAAUCCCCUCAGAAGCAGCUGCCAAAGAAAAUCCUGAGGUUGUACAAACCAACAAACUGUGGUUUGUACAACUUUGGCCAAUGAUACAGAACCUGUAG